UAGAAAUAAAAAUUGGCGGCUGCCGUCGGUCGAAAAGUCCCUGCCAACAAAAAUUCCCUCUCUCCUUUUCUAACUGAACUUACCAUUUCACCCUUGCGCUCAACCGCAUGUGAGUGUUGUAUAAAUAACUGGAUAAAAUAACCCCUCUUUAUCUAUUCCUCCGCUUUGAUUGCUCCCAUGACCCAAUCGUGAGUAAAGAUAAUUUCCCCAAAUUUGAAAUGCCCGGAAUUAUGGUUAAUGGGUUUGAUGGGAAUGAGGAAAUAACAGAGAUGAAUCCAUCUCCCAUCAAAGAAAACGUUGCUACUUCAGAAUCCCCAAAACCUUCUUCAACCCCCAAGAGCCAUCACAGUGGUGCCCUUGAACUCUCAAUGGAAAAUUGUGUAGAUACAUCAAUCGAUCGAUUAUAUGACAAUGUGUGCGAGAUGGAGAGCUCCGGCGAUGAGGAUUCUCCGUCGAGGCAAAGUUUCGGGUCAGAUGGUGAUGAGUCGAGGAUCGAUUCUGAGCUUCGUCACCUUGUUGGUGGAGAGAUGAAAGCCAUUGAAAUAAUGGAAGAGGAGAUAGAAGAAGAGGUUGAUAAUUCGAAUAAUGAGAAGGUUCAAUCUCCUACUAAAUCGUCGAAUUCAUCUAAAAAGUCUAAGAGGGUAACCACCCCUCAUAGUGCGUCAAAACCUCCUCUAAGGGCGAGUAUAGUGAAGAAACUAAUGAACGGGAGUGAGAGUUCACUGGAGUCCAGCGCUGAUAACCCUGAUACUGGACGUUUCUAUCUAAAGCAUGCCCGAGACUUGAUUUCCUCUGAUAACCACAGGAGAGCUCUCAAAUAUGGACUGAAGGCAGUCAAGUGUUUUGAGAAGUGUUCGGAUGGUAACCCUAGUUUGGACUUGGUUAUGAGCUUGCAUGUUAUAGCCGCAAUCCACUGUAGUUUAGGGAAAUUUGAUGAGGCAAUCCCUGUAUUUGAGCAAUCCAUUGAGAUCCCUGACCUUGAAUUGGGGCAAGAUCAUGCUCUCGCAAAAUUCUCGGGCUUAAUGCAGUUGGGAGACACUUAUGCAAUGCUAGGUCAGCUUGAGAGCUCAAUACAAUGCUAUACAACAGGCUUGGAAGUUCAAAAGCAAGCUCUCGGUGAUACUGACCCUAGGGUUGGUGAGACUUGCCGAUACUUGGCUGAAGCCCUUGUUCAAGCUCUUCAGUUUGAUGAAGCUGAAAGAUUAUGUCAAAUGGCCCUCGAUAUCCAUAGUGAGAGUGGAGAACCUUCAUCUUUGGAUGAAACAGCAGAUAGAAGGCUAAUGGGUCUAAUUUGUGACACAAAAGGGGAUCAUGAAGUUGCUCUUGAGCAUCUAGUUUUGGCCAGUACAGCCAUGGUUGCCAAUGGCUUGGAAUCCGAGGUAGCCUCAGUGGAUUUAAGCAUCGGAGACAUUUAUCUAUCUUUAGCCAGAUACGACGAGGCUGUGCUUGCCUACCAAAAAGCCCUAAUGGUUUUCAAGUCCUUGAAAGGAGAGAGCCACCCAAGUGUCGCUUCUGUCUAUGUUCGCCUCGCUGAUCUUUACAACAAAACUGGGAAACUCAAGGAGUCAAAGUUACACUGUGAGAAUGCCUUGAAAAUCUAUGGAAAACCCAUCCCAGGAUCCAACAAUGAAGAGAUUGCAAGCGGUCUGACCGAUGUUUCUGCAAUCUAUGAAUCAAUGAAUGACCAUGAACAAGCUCUCAAGUUGCUUCAAAAGGUGUUAAAGCUUUACAAGAACUCUCCUGGUCAGCAGAGUACAAUUGCAGGGAUUGAAGCACAAAUGGGUGUGUUACACUAUAUAAUUGGGAACUAUGGAGAGUCUUAUUCAUCGUUUAAGAACGCGAUUUCUAAGCUAAGGGCCUGUGGAGAGAAGAAAUCAGCAUUCUUUGGGAUUGCUUUGAACCAGAUGGGGCUUGCUUGUGUACAACGGUUUGCUAUAAAUGAGGCUGCGGAGCUCUUUGAGGAAGCGAGGAGUGUUCUUGAACAAGAGUAUGGACCUUACCAUCCCGAUACUCUUGGUGUUUAUAGCAAUCUUGCAGGAACUUACGAUGCGAUGGGAAGGUUGGAGGAGGCCAUCGAGAUACUGGAACAUGUUGUCGGGAUACGAGAAGAGAAGCUCGGAACAGCAAAUCCAGAUGUCGAUGAUGAGAAGAGGAGGCUGGCUGAGCUUUUGAAGGAAGCGGGAAGAGUCAGAAGCAGGAAAGCAAGAUCACUGGAAACUCUACUGGAUUCAAACCCUCACAUCCUAAAGAAAGGUGUUGUUAUAGCUUGAUACACAAUCUUGAAGAAUGAAAUUAUGUAUACUAAUAAAAAGAAGAAAGAUUUGUUGGAACAUAUGAUUAGUUUUUGAUUGUUUGCAAAAGGAUAAAGAAGGAUAGAAGAGAGAUGUGAUUGUGAGGUUGAUUGUAUAUUUAUUCUUACAGUGGUAUUGAAUUGGCUUUUGGUUGGCUUAUAUACAAGAUGGCUUCGACAUA